AGCAAGGGGCCGCCUCUUCGCCCGGCUGUUUGUAAACUCGCAGUCCAGGCUAGAAGCAAUCAAGAGAGAGAGAGUUCCCAGGGAGCCCUUCAAAAUAGAAAGUGGAGCUGGCGGCAGAGGUGUGCCUGGCCGCUGUCACCCGGCUGGCCUCAGGAUUGUUGAGAACUGCUUUUGAGAGAACGUCGACGGCUGCCUGUGAAGCCUGCCCCCCAUCUCUUACCUGCUCGUCUUCUCCGUCUUCUCCGUCUUCUCCGUAGAUCCAUCCUCUGCUGGAAAAAGCUGACCUCACUCGGGUACCAGGUGUACUUCCAAGAGAACAUGGCCCACGUCGGGGACUGCAAGUGGAUGUCCUGGCUCCCAGUGCUGGUGGUGUCUCUGAUGUGCUCAGCCAAGGCAGAGGACUCCAACUGUGGCGAGAAUGAAUACCACAACCAAACUACCGGGCUGUGCCAGCAGUGUCCUCCAUGCAGACCAGGGGAGGAGCCCUACAUGUCCUGUGGUUACGGCACCAAAGAUGAGGACUAUGGCUGCGUGCCCUGCCCUGCAGAGAAGUUCUCCAAAGGAGGUUAUCAGAUAUGCAGGCGCCACAAGGACUGUGAGGGCUUCUUCCGGGCCACCGUACUGACACCAGGAGACAUGGAAAAUGAUGCUGAGUGUGGCCCGUGUCUGCCUGGCUACUACAUGCUGGAAAACAGACCCAGGAACAUCUACGGCAUGGUCUGCUACUCCUGCCUCUUGGCACCUCCCAACACCAAGGAAUGUGUGGGAGCCACUUCCGGGGUUUCAGCUCACUCCUCCAGCACUUCAGGCGGCAGCACCUUGUCCCCCUUCCAGCAUGCUCACAAAGCAGAGCUCUCAAGUCAAGGACACCUGGCCACCGCCCUGAUUAUUGCCAUGUCUACAAUCUUCAUCAUGGCCAUAGCCAUUGUCCUCAUCAUCAUGUUCUAUAUCAUGAAGACUAAGCCUUCAGCUCCAGCCUGCUGUAGCAGUCCCCCAGGAAAAAGUGCAGAAGCCCCAGCUAACACACAUGAGGAGAAAAAAGAGGCCCCAGACAGUGUGGUGACUUUCCCUGAGAAUGGUGAAUUCCAGAAGUUGACAGCAACACCCACAAAGACCCCAAAAAGUGAGAACGAUGCCUCCUCUGAGAAUGAGCAGCUGCUGAGUCGCAGUGUGGACAGUGAUGAAGAGCCAGCCCCGGACAAGCAGGGGUCCCCAGAGCUAUGCCUGCUGUCGCUAGUUCAUCUGGCCAGGGAGAAGUCUGUAGCCAGUAACAAGUCUGCUGGGAUCCAAAGCCGAAGGAAAAAGAUAUUGGAUGUGUAUGCGAACGUGUGUGGUGUUGUUGAAGGUCUCAGCCCCACGGAGCUGCCUUUUGAUUGCCUUGAAAAGACAAGCAGAAUGCUCAGUUCUACCUACAACUCUGAGAAAGCAGUCGUGAAAACGUGGCGCCACCUUGCUGAGAGCUUUGGACUGAAGAGGGAUGAGAUUGGGGGCAUGACUGAUGGCAUGCAGCUCUUUGACCGCAUCAGCACUGCGGGCUACAGCAUCCCAGAGCUGCUCACGAAGCUGGUACAGAUCGAGAGGCUGGAUGCUGUGGAGUCCUUGUGUGCAGACAUAUUGGAGUGGGCUGGGGUUGUACCCCCUGCCUCCCCACCCCCAGCUGCAUCCUGAAGAGUUUGCCUUGGACUAUCUUCCCUGGGACCAGAUGGGGACCCAAUGAAGCCAUGGCAGCUGUGAGUGAUGCCAUCGGACUGCCAGAGUUCAAGGCAUUUCCUGGUGGGUCACUGUACUCCUUAGGCUGCCCUAAGGAGCUCACUGAGCACCCAAAUGAACCAAACCAUGUGUGAGGUCACAGGUGAAGAAUCUGAUUCUGUCUUUUAAGGAAGCACUUAGUGAGAGCCAGGGGACAUGGCAUAGACCAUGUUACCAAACAUCACUAGGCAAAUAAGGGGAUGCUAAAAAGUAAUGUAGCAAAAGUUAUAAGAAGGGUGAUGGAGUCUCAAGUUGAAAAUGGGAGCAUCCUAAUGAAGAAACUAGUGUGAAGGUUUUAGUAAAAUGGUUACAAAGUACAGACAUCCCACUUCUGCAUUGCUUCAGACCGAACAGGGUUUGUUGGCUUGUUCUAUGGUUUCAGGGGUAACGACCUAUGUUUACAGUCACCCGCAAUGGUACAAGCCUUGCAGUCAGUAGUGAAAGAACUCACUGUAUGGACAGUCAAGGCAUAUCUGUCCAGACAAAAGUGAGAGCAGAUUUGGCCAUUCACAGGCACAGUAGUUAUAAUGUGUGAGGCUGUUUUUACUUCAAACAGAUGUGUGUUCUAAGUAGACAGUGAAAUGGUGACUUGCUAAGAGUUUGGUCAUGCCUGGUUUGUGGGUGGGGCUUGUGCGAGUUCAGACACAGCAUCCUCAGCCAGUGAGAGAUAAUGCAGCCUGAGGUGCAGUACAGAGCUGGGACCUGGAAUCCUGGACCCUGGUGGAAUCAUCCAAAGCAUCUGUCUCCUGCCCCAGACUUAGCUUCUCUUCUGCAAAUGAGAGGUUGGUCUUCAUGUCUGUAGUCAGGCAAGUUGAAGCUCUGGUGAGCAUAGGAUGAGCAAAAGAAAGGAGAGGCCAAGGGAGCUCCAUGGGGGUAAUUACAGUGUGGGUGACCACACAAAAUGGGAAUCGAGGGAAAUUCACAGCCGCCAUGCUCAUGUAAGGGCAACUGUAGGACAGAACAUUUACAGAGCUAAUAAACAGGCACUGUACAGGCAGAUUCUCUUACUACACCUGUAACUGCCAGGAAAUGGGAAGUCAAGGAAACUUUCCAGGCAGGGGGUUAAUGCCAAGCUGGGAAGUUAAUGCUGCUGGGCUCCCUCCUGGAGUGCCGACUGUAGAGACUGUUUCCUUUGGAUAAAGCCUCUGGUUUAGAAGGCUGUUGGGUUUGUUUUCGUUUCGUUUUGUUUUGUUUUUACAAAUCAUAUGACUGAACAAAGGCUUUGGAGGGGAAUCAGUUGUAUGUUUAAAACCAUCAAGCAAUUUCCCACCACAGAAUAUAGACCAUACUGUGAGAGGACCAUAAUUAGGUCCUGAAUAUUUAAUAUGAUCAUUUUACUGUGUCUGUCUGUGCUGGUUUUUUAGAAGGCAUUUUCUAUAUCCUGCAAGUUAAAUAGUCUGCUUAAUUGUCCUUUUAAUUCCUCUUUGAGAUCCUGCAGUGUCCCUUACCUCUGAUCUUCUAUAAUGACACUGAGCUUCCCCUUAAUUAGACUUGUAAAUGUCAUCUGUGAUGAGUGUGCAGGUCUAAGACAGCAGUCUCUUCUCCAACUGUCAUUCUGCUGAAGAAUGGGCAGCUGCAGCCAGCAGUGUGGGCUAGCCUCCAUUCGCCCUAUUAGGUUUCAAGGUUGGAGGCAGCCAGCAUCCUUGUUGUUUCAUUGACUCCCAUCUUGCUGCUUUAGGGGAGCUAGUCCCUCGUCAUGUACUUUAUUUGGCAAUAAAUCCAGGAAGGGUUUGCUUCAGUGAGCUUUGCCCAUGCUGUAGAAUUCCGAACCAACAAGACCACAGUGACUCUUACUGGAACUCCAUGCUGCCAUUUUUUUGUCUGAAAACUGUCAGUACUUAAAAGUAUUUAGGAAACACUCGAGCUAGAUCUGAGGACCUUAGCUAGUGAAGUCUUAAUUGUGGAUAUUUUAUAUAAUUCUGUUUAUGUAACUUAUUAUAUUUCUACAAGUCCAAUAAACUAAAUAAAAAGGAGACCUACA